AAUAAUCGCCAGCGUCGGCCGUUUCGCCACCGACUUCUAUUUAAGUUCUGUGGAAGAGCCGCGAAAGCUUCGUGUUAAGACGUCCGAAGAGAAUGUCGGGAUCAUCAAAUGUCAGCCGUUGGAUCGCCCUCAUCGCCAAAUCUUCCCGCCAGGGAUUUUACAAAGAGACCCUCCGUCUUUUCCACCAAAUGCAAUCCGAGGGCUUCGGACCUCACCCUUUCGUUCUCCCAAACAUUCUAAAAGCUUGUGCUCACCUCUCCGAUCUAAGAACAGGUCGACUACUCCACUGCCUCGCUGUUCGCCAUUCGCUGCAUUGCGAUGCCUUCGUCAUUAGUGCCUUGAUCGACAUGUACUCCAAAUGCAGCCGACUCCGCCUUGCCCGUCAGGUGUUCGACGAAAUGGCUGAGAGAGAUCUAGUAGUGUGGAAUUCUAUAAUUUCAGGAUAUGCCCACCAGGGUUUCCCGUACCAUGCAAUGGUUUUGUUCGUAAAGGUGCGAUUUUUCGGGAUAGAACCAGAUUUAGUAACUUGGAAUGCGCUCAUUUCCGGCUUCUCUCGAUUGGCUUGUGAUCGAUUUGCCCUGGAGUUGUUUAGAGCGAUGCAAAUUGACGGGAUUAAGCCCGACGUGGUUACGUGGACAUCGAUUAUAUGUGGGUUGGUGCUGAAUUUUAGCUACGAUAAAGCUCGGGGAAUGUUCAGGGAGAUGAUAGUCGGUGCACGGAUAUCUCCGACCGCAGUUACGGUUAGUAGUCUCUUACCGGCUUGUGCCAAUGUUGCGGAUGUGAGGCAUGGCAAGGAAAUCCAUGGCUAUGCUGUCGUACUUGGCGUCGAAGAAGACAUGUCGGUAAGUAGCUCUCUUAUUGACAUGUAUUCCAAGUGUGGGCUCAUACUUGAAGCAAAAAGGGUUUUCGAGAAGAUGGGAAUAAGGAGUACGGUUACGUGGAACUCGAUGAUAUUUGGGUUGGCGAAUUCGGGGCAUUGCCACGACGCAAUGAGUCUCUUCCAUCGGAUGCACAAUGAAGGCGUAAGAGCCGAUCACUUAACUUUUACAGCAGUUUUUACAGCUUGCAGUCAUGCCGGAAUGGUCGAAAUCGGAAGAAGUUUAUUCCGAUCAAUGCAGGAAGAGUACGGCAUUAAACCGAGGUUGGAGCAUUAUGCUUGCAUGGUCGACUUGCUCGGCCGAGCCGGGAAAAUUCUCGAAGCGAAUAACCUGAUCGAGGAGAUGCCGACAAAGCCGGAUCGUUUUGUAUGGGGAGCGCUGUUAGGUGCGUGUCGGAACCACGGGAACAUUGAGCUUGCCGAGGUGGCCGCUUCUCGAUUGUUAGAACUCGAGCCUGAGAGUGCGGCAGGUUGCGCUCUGCUGUCGAAUUUGCUUGCUGAUGCGGGGAGAGAGAAGGAUGCUAUAAAGCUAAAGAAAUUGAUGAAGAGGCGGAGACUAAGGUUUUCAGGGUGUAGCUGGAUGCAGGUGGCUUAAUUUAGGAACUGCCGUUUGAGAUUGGCUUUGGUGCAAUUGCAGAUGUCUCAGCUAAAGGUGUCCAAAAUAUUCGAUAUCCCAUACCCGAUCCGGACCCUACCCGGAUCCGAACCGGACCCGA